CAGGCAUCGCAAGCUGCUGGCAAGGGAGAGGAGCGCUGUGCAGCAAGGGCUUGCCAGAGGGCAAGCUGAGGGUGCUCCAGCUGGAGUGCAAGUCUUGACUUGCUGCUGCAGGCAGAGCUGGCCGGGGGGUGAGGGGCGGCAGGGGCUGGGGUGGUUGUGCCCAGGGAGCCCUUCCCCCCAGCCCUCAGCAGGAUGGAGCUGCAGGAGCAGCCAGGGCUGCUGGAGGCCCCACUGUGGCCCCAGGGCCUUGGAGCGGAGCUGCCGGGGGUGGGCGCAGACAUGGACAAGGUGGUUCUCCCUCCCUCUGCAGAAACACCAGGUGCCCUGUCCUGCAGAGCGUGGCCUUCCCACAGCUGCCCCCACUGCCUUCUGCCAUGAGGUGCCAGCCCUUGGAUCUGCCCAGAGCAGACGGGGACUGGGGCGCCGAAAGAUGUCAGCAAGGGGGGCUCUGGCCGCCCCCCCAUGUUCCCCAGGGGGGCUCUGGCUGCCCCUGACGUCACAAAGGGGGGCGUGGCUGUUAUCUGACGUCACAAAGGGGGGUGUGGCUGCCUGCUGCACUAUAAAAGGGGGCUCAGGCCCCGGGAGCAGCAGUCCACGAGCAGUGGGCACUGCAGUCUGGCAGCGUCUUGGCAGACUGCAACCGCAGCGGCUGACGCAGCAGGAGCGUUUGUGUUCCCCUUCCUGAGGAGCCAGGAUCUCACUGGGAUCCACAUCCUGGGCCUGUGCUGGUCCCUGGGAGCACCAGAGCCCGUGUCUUAGGGAGCAGCUCUGACAGCACCAAGAUGCUGGAACUGGUGAUGCUUGGGGUGCAGCUCACCCUGAUCACGGCCAUCUUCGGGAUCAGGGGGCUCCAGAAGUCAUGGAAGAAGCUGAUGACUAAGAAGAGUAAGAAGAGCAAAAAAAGCAAGAGGAGAGCCAGGCUGGAGGAGCAGACUGCAGCCUCUUCCCAGUCAAAAAGAGGAAAGAAGGAACCUCUGCUCACCUGGAAAAGGUGGCCCAGCAGAAAGAUGUCCAAGAGGGAGCUGCAGACCCCACAGGCUUCCAGGUGCUCCGUUUCCACCCUGCACAGAAGCCCUGAGAUUGGCAGCCAUUCCCUGCCCUUGAUGACUGCAGAGUCACCAAACAAGGAGCUGCAGGUGCCACUGGAAUCCACGGACGUAGCUCCCACCGUGGCCAUUGUACCUGCACCUGAGACCCGUGCCCCGAGCCGCAUAAUGAGCAUCAGCAUUUCCACGGACAUCUCCCUGCUGGAACUGCUGGUGGAAACCACGGACGAGCAGGUCCCCGGGCAGAGGGAGAUGACUCCACAGAGCCCUGCAGAUAUUCAGAGGGCCCGCAACAGCCCUAUACCCAUAUCCAGACAGACCUGGAAUAAGCUCCUGGCAAGCUACAAUGAGAUGCAGGCGGGACACGAAUGGCCCAGGCCGAUGCACAAUGGGCAAGGGACACUGGGGGCCCCUAGUGGGAUCCUCCCUGGAGAGCCCUCCUUCCCCCCCAGCAGGAUGGAGGAGCAGGAGCACCAGGAGGUGCUGGAGGAGCAGGAGCACCAGGAGGUGCAGGAGGACAGGCUGCAGCCCCAGGGCCCCAGCCCCAAAAAGUCCAGGAGCAGGCGCCUGCGGGAGGGCUGUGCCCGGCUGUGGCGCUGCCUGAAGGCCUGGGGGAGGCGUUACUGCUGCUGCCUGCCCCCAGCUGUGGAGCAGUGAUCCACGUGCCGUAUGGCUUCAACCACAUAAAAGCACGUCUUGAAGCCCUGCCACACUGUCUAGGCUGCCCAGGCAGCUACCGAGUGGCUGUUCAGUGCAGGACUGGGAACGCAUCUCAAAUGUUUAAAAAUUAAAUACUUUCUUUGUCAGAGGUUCCUUGGGUUACCCAUCCAUCCAUCCAUUCCAUGGCCUGAGUGCCCAGACUCUGUGCUUAGGGGGAUCUCAUCCACAUGCACCAAGACCUAAAGGAAAGGUGCCAGGAAGAUGGUGGCUCAAGGUGGUGGGUUGCACCCUGAGCACCAACAUCAGCGGUUUGGGAUGCUGCUGGGCUUUCAUGGUUGGUUUUGGGGUGGCAUGAAACUUCCAAAAGGGAAAUUCUGAUUGUUCUGCAGUGAUAAUUUGAGACUGAGGAAAGAUCUGGUACGACAGGAAAGGAGGCCCAUGGGCAAGAAUGGCUUAAACUGGCUGGAAGUAGGGAUAGCAGAGACAGAAGGACUCCUUGCAGGGGAGUGAAGUUUCCGAGAUAAGGAACAGCCUCAGUAUUGUCUGAGAGGCAUCCUGGGAAGUGAACACUCAGGUGCUUAUGGUAAAGGGCCACUUUUGGAAGCAGAGCUGGAUGGGACACACACCCAUUCUGCCCCUUUGCUAUGUACAGGCCUCAGCUUUGUGCUCCCUCAGUUUUAGGUGGUCCAGAAUCCUCUCUGAAAGCUUUUUGCUUGGAGGGGGUCACACCAGACUUUUGCUGAAGAACUUAAGGCACUGGAGCUCUCAAGCUAAGUGGGUGAGCACAGCUUCAGUUUGUGGAAAGGUAUAUGUUAUAAUAUUAAAGGUUUUGGAAAAUAUUAAACUCUUCUUUAAAUUCUUUUGCAA